GUUCACCGGCAGGGCAAGUCUUGUGCCCGCGGACGCUGUCCCGGGUACCCGCCUCCCUGAAACACCUUUCAUCACCAGAUGCCAUAACCGACCUCGCCUUGAAUCCUGGCUACUACGGGCGCCUGGUAGAGGAGUCCCUGGGGAAUUGCUGCCUGGCCACGGAGGAGAUCGAGCGGGACCUGCACCGGUCCCUGCCGGAGCACCCCGCCUUCCAGACCGAGACGGGCAUCGCCGCUCUGAGGAGGGUCCUGACAGCCUACGCCCACCGCAACCCCAGGAUCGGGUACUGCCAGUCCAUGAACAUCCUGGCCUCCGUGCUGCUGCUCUACGCCACCGAGGAGGACGCCUUCUGGCUGCUGGUCACGGUGUGCGAGCGCAUGCUCCCCGACUACUUCAACCGCCGCGUGCUGGGGGCCCAGGUGGACCAGUCCGUGUUUGAGGAGCUCAUCCAGGAGCAGCUGCCGGAGCUGGCGGAGCGCCUACGCGACCCCUCGGCCCUGGCGUCCCUGUCGCUCUCCUGGUUCCUGACGCUCUUCCUCAGCAUCAUGCCCCUGGAGAGCGCCGUGCACGUGGUCGACUGCUUCUUCUACGACGGCAUCAAGGUCGUCUUCCAGCUGGGGCUGGCCGUGCUGGAGGCCAACGCCCGGGCCCUGUGCAGCAGCCGGGACGACGGCCAGGCCCUCGUGCUCCUCAGCAGGUUUCUAGAUCACAUCAAGAAUGAGGACAGCCCUGGGCCCCCCAUGGGCAGCCACCACGCCUUUGUCUCCGAGGACCAGGAGCCCCCUCCAGUGACAGACAUUGGGGACCUGAUCCGCGACUCCUAUGAGAAGUUCGGGCACCAGUCGGUGGGGCAGAUUGAACGCAUGCGCUGCAGGCACAGGAUCCGGGUCCUCCAGGGCCAUGAGGGCACCACCAAGCAGAACGUGCUCCGCGUGGUCAGCCCUGAAGUCUCGUUCCCCUUUGGCGACCUCGAGGAGCUCUAUGACUUGUUCAAGCGGGAGCACAUGAUGAGCUGCUACUGGGAGCAGCCGCGGCCCGGGCCUGCCCGCCACGACCCCAGCCGGCCCUACGCCGAGCAGUACCGCAUAGACAGCCGGCAGUUUGCACGCCUGUUCCAGCUGGUCUCGCCAUGGACCUGCGGGGCGCACACGGAGAUCCUCGCCGAGAGGACCUUCCGGCUCCUGGACGACAACAUGGACCAUCUUAUCGAAUUCAAAGCAUUUGCCAGCUGCCUCGACGCUAUGUAUAAUGGAGAAAUGAAUGAGAAAAUUAAACUGCUCUACAGGCUCCACGUUCCUCCCGCCCUCACUGAAGAUGACCAAGACAGCCAGUCACCACUGAAGAACCCUCUGCUGUCCACAUCAAGACCCCUGGUCUUUGGGAAAGCAAAAGAUGAUGCCUCCGACUACAAGAAACAGCUAAAGCAGAUGAUUAAGGAUUUAGCCAAAGAAAAAGCUAAAUCUGAGACUGAGUUGCCCCAAAUGAGCCAGAGAGAAUUUAUCCAGUUCUGUAAAACUUUGUACAGCAUGUUCCACGAAGACCCAGAGGAAAACAACUUGUACCAAGCCAUCGCCACGGUCACCACGCUCCUGCUACAGAUCGGGGAGGUGGGGCAGCACAGCAGCAGCAGCAGCAGCUUGGGGAGCUGCUCCCAGGAGAGCGGGGAGGGGCCGCGGGCCUCAGCACCUUCUCCUGAGCAGGACUCUGUUUUUGUGGACACAGACACUGGGACAGCUCCCCAGGACGCCAGGGCAUUUCCUGAAGAGGCGGAAGGGGACUGGACAGUCUCCCUUGAACACAUAUUAGCUUCACUUCUGACUGAACAGUCAUUAGUAAACUUUUUUGAAAAGCCACUGGACAUUAAAUCCAAACUUGAAAAUGCCAAGAUCAAUCAGUACAACCUCAAAACUUUAGAAAUGAGCAGCCAAUCACUGCCUGAACUUAAGCAAGAUAGUGACUUGCUGAGAUGAGUUGGCCAUAACAAAGCAAGAACCACCCAUUUGUGGACUGUCGGCCCCAUAAAUCCAGGUUUCAGUCUCAUUCAUUCUGAGUAUAGUCUAUGUUCUGGGCAUCCAGGUAAGCAACCUGACAGCCCCAACUGUGGCCAGAACUGAUGCAACCCUCAACAUUGUGUUCUUUAUUAAGAGGGAGAGACACUGAUACUGGUUGCCUCCCAUACAAACCCUGGCCUGGGAUGGGACCUGCAACCUGUCACGUGCCCUGACUGGAAAUCAAACCUGUAGCCUUCCGGUGCGCAGGAUGCCGCUCCAACAAACUGAGCCACAGCAGCCAGGCCAGGCCGUUUGACUAUCAGAUUCACUGAAAUAGGCACCACCGCUGCUGUGUUUUCAUUCAGAUAGAACACGGGUCCAAGGCUCCAUGCUAACCCAGACUAAGAAACGCCCAAGCUCAUUUUUCACUUGGAUAAUGGGAGGUCUAGAGUCAAGUUCACUUUGAAGAUCUAAGAGCCACUGUCUAUGCAAUUGCAUCUGGCUUUUUCUUUGCACAAAUUUUGUUUCAAUGCUGGUAAUUGAAACCAUUUUAAUAUAUUUGGUUGUAUUCACUUUCCUUACAAAAAUGUUGUGUAUAAAUCAUGCUAUCAAUGUUGGCCUCCAAGAUUUUUAAUAAGAAAUUUUUGUACCGAC